AUGCCUUACCGGACCAGCGGUGGGUUUAGGUGGCGCGCAUGCGCCGCCGUCUUGGCCAUCUCGGCCGUGGCCGCGCUCCUUGUCGCCCACACGCUCACCGUGGCCAGGGUGUCCAGUGACGGGCAUGUCAGGGCCCGUGUCCUGGCAGAGACGGAGAGUAGCACGGGGGAAGGCGGCGGCGGCAACAAGGACCGGUUCCCGUGGAGCAACGCCAUGCUGCAGUGGCAGCGCACAGGGUUCCAUUUCCAGCCGGAUAAGCACUACAUGAAUGCUCCGAUGUACUACCGUGGAUGGUACCACUUCUUCUACCAGUACAACCCGGGGGGUGAAACAUGGGGCAACAUCUCAUGGGGCCACGCCGUGUCGCGGGACAUGGUCAAUUGGCGCAGCCUGCCCCUCGCCAUGGUCCCCGAGCACUGGUACGAGAGCAACAGCGUCUUGACGGGCUCCGCCACCUUGCUCCCCAACAGCAAGGUCGUCGUGCUCUAUACGGGCAACACAGACGACCUUGCCCAGGUUCAGUGCCUUGCUGAACCUGCGGACCCUAAUGACCCCCUCCUCCGCACCUGGACGAAGUACCCGGGCAAUCCCGUCCUCUUCCCACCCCCUGGGACCUAUAAAAAAGACUUCCACGACCCUAUGACUGCAUGGUUCGAUAAGUCUGAUAACACGUGGCGCACCAUGAUUGGGUCCAAGGGCGACCAUGGUCAUGCCGGCAUAGCCCUCAUGUACAAGACGAAAGACUUCAUCAACUUCGAGCUCAUUCCGCACCCGGUCCACCGCGUUGAAGGCACUGGCAUGUGGGAGUGCGUCGACUUAUACCCCGUCGGUGACAGCAAGAAUUCAUCAGAGAAGGAGUUGUAUGUCUUGAAGGCGAGCAUGGACGAUGAACGGCACGACUACUACGCGCUGGGGAGGUUCGAUGCGGCGGCCAACAAGUGGACGCCCUUGGACCCGGAAUUGGAUGUGGGGAUCGGCCUGAGGUACAACUGGGGAAAGUUAUUUGCGUCCACAUCCUUCUAUGAUCCUGUGAAGCGGCGGCGCGUGAGCUGGGGGUAUGUCGGUGAGACCGACUCCAACCUUACCGACAUCGCCAAGGGAUGGGCAAACCUCCAGGAGAUCGACACCCUCCGCUAUAACACAACCAAUUUCGGUAGCAUCAUCGUCAGGACCGGCUCUGUCAUCCCCCUCCGCCUGCACCAAGCUGCUCAACUCGACAUCGAGGCCUUCUUCCGGCUCAAUGCUUCCGCUGUCGCUGCCCUGAACGAGGCCGACGUCAGCUACAACUGCAGUACCAGCGGCGGUGCUGCCAACCGUGGCGUGCUCGGACCCUUUGGCCUCCUAAUCCAUGCCACCAAGAGCCGCAGUGAACAAACGGCGGUGUACUUCUACGUGUCCAGGGGCCUCGAUGGGGGCCUCCGGACCCACUUCUGCCACGACGAGUCGCGGUCAUCUCGGGCCAAGGAGCCGGUGAAGUGGGUAGUCGGAAGCACCGUGCCGGUGCUCCAUGGAGAGGCAUUAUCUGCUAGGGUGCUUGUGGAUCAUUCGAUAGUGGAGAGCUUUGUGAUGGGAGGGAGGUUGACUGCAACGUCGCGGGUGUACCCGACGGAGGCAAUUAACGCGGCAGGUGGGGGUGGCGGGCGCCCGCAAGCAAAGGACGGCGGCAUCAUUGAUGGCGACGACUUCCUGUGGAGCAACACAAUGCUGCAGUGGCAGCGGACAGGGUUCCAUUUGGAGCCGGCCAAGAACUACAUCUUCAGCGUGGAAGCAGCCAGCGUGUACGUAUCUUCUCGGCGGAAGGAACUCAUCGACGAGGAUCGUGCAGUCCGGGGCGGAAGCCAAGGAGAUGCGAAGCAUGAUGAGCAAGUAAUGCUCACCCUGGCACAGUGGCAAGCACUAAGCUUAAGGGAAAAGAAGGGAGGCAGCGAGGCAUCCGGCAGCGGCUCGAAGCAGGACUGGGCACCACGAGAUCAGAACAAGAAGGGCACCUGUGCCGACGGUGCUCCAAAGAAAAGGAAAUUCGACAAGCGCAAGAUAAAGUGCCACAAUUGUGGCCUGAUGGGGCACUUCAAGUCGGAGUGCCGGAAACCCGUAAAGGAGCGGGCAUAUGUUGCCAAGAAAGGCGACAAGGAUGACAAUCCGGCGAACCUCCUGUUAUGUGAGAUAUGCGAGUACACGGAGGAUGACACGCAGCCAGAGGAAGUCGAGACCGUCACACUUGUGGAGAAAAAAGUAUAUCUCCAUGAGGAAGAAGAGAAGAGGGCCGGCAAUGUUUGGUACUUGGACACAGGCACUAGCAACCAUAUGACAGGGAACAGUGCACAGUUCUCUAAGUUGAGUGCAACAGUCAACGGAACAGUCAGGUUUGGCGAUGGCACGACGGUCCCAAUCAAAGGCCAUGACCAUGACGACGACGGGCACGGAGAUGGCCAUGAUGUCGACGAUGACGACAACCUAGAUGCCGGCUACUCCAUCAGCACAAACAAAAGUGCCAAGUUAUGGGUCGCCGAGCUGCUCCUCACCAUGGGUGGACGAUCCAUGGUGGACUGA